CAAUGAUCCUCACGGCAGUGUAUGAAGCCGUGUGUGGUGCUUCCGGGCCUUCAAGGUUUGCUGGUGCAGCUUUUGCUGUUUGGCUGCUGUGUGGGCACAUUGGUUGCGAAGAAGGUCUGUGAGGGGGAAAGAACUUGGUUCCAGUUUGGCUUGGAUUCCUCCAAGCAAUUCAUCGGAGCAGGAUGGGUUCACGUGCUAAAUCUCCUGUGUGCGGAAAUACUCGGGAGCCAGAUGGGUGACGGUGAUGAGUGUGAAUGGUACUGGCUGAACAUAAUGCUUGACACGACGCUCGGGGUUUUGGUCGAGUACUUAUUGCUACGAGUUGUCGCAGAUGCCCUUAACAAUCUUCUGGAAAGUGCCGAGGACUUUCGAACAGGUAGCUACUGGCGUGGCGGGGAGUUCCAGGCGAUAAUGUACGCCAAACAACUUGGCAUGUGGCUCACGAUUGUGACUUUCAUGAAGCUUUUCAUGGUAGUUCUCAUGGUUUUGCUGGCAAAGCCUUUGACCCUCGCAGCGCGAGAGUGCCUCAAACCUUUCAUGAACCCCUUGCGGGACACCUAGUUUUGAUUUAAGAUGCUCAAUGCAGCGCUUCAAACUUAUUACACGCAAAAUUUGAGCUGUUCCGCUUUUUAUCACCAACCCCGCGCGGCCUCGAAGGAGUUUUUGGUCAACGCUGCGUUGAGUCAAAAAACUGAACAGGCUCAAGUUCGAAGAGCGUGAUGUUCUUUUACUCGCCGAAAGUGCCCAAAGCUUACUCAGGCUGAAACUGCUAGUCGUGAUGAUUGUCACGCCUGUGGCCUCCUUGGCUUGCCUGGGUGGCAGCGCACAGAUGCUUUGCAAACUUGCGGUUCUUUUCUAUAGAAGUGCCGCCGGAAGGCCGUGAUGAACGCUUUCCAGCUUUGGGUGACGGACAAUUUUCUGAAACUUGGGCGUGAAGACGAAGUCUUUGCACGAGGCCAGGUCAACGAUAAGCAAGCAUCAAGCGAUGUGACACGUGCAGCGCUUGCUGCAAGACCAUCACGUUCAGCAAGAGGCACUGCGUCGCUACUUGUGGGGGCUGAAGGCGUUCCGUAACUUGAGUGGCAAGAUGUGCUGCGCGCGGAAGAGUUUUUGCAGCGUGAGGUGCCAGUGGUAGUCAAACGCAAGCUAGCGAGCUCGAACGCCUUUUGGUGCCAGAUGGUUCUCAAAUCUCAAUGGGAGAUCCUCUUUCUGAAUCUGGAAUAUUGGAUUUGAGUCGGUCGAAAA